GUACCGACGUAAGGCUCGUGCCAGACAUGCGUAAUUCGAAGGUCAAAUAGUCGCAAUCAUCUGAAGGAGGCGAUCGGUAGCAUUGAACUGCCAGUGCAAGAAGACCGGUGUGGCUCGUCGCAAUAUUCCACAACGCCUCCAAAUCUCGCUUUCACAAGAUGUUGGUUUUCGCUGUCAUCAAGUCGUUACUUCUUCUCCUGGUUCGUUUUUUUUUUCUCAGCACCAGCGCAAGUGAUAAAGCGCGAGCCCAGAGUGAUCGCGACGCGCUUGUGCCGGACCAGUUUGAGGCGGUGAGCCGGUUUCCGACGGACUACCCCGGGGAGCUGAUCGAAACCGAGACCGGGCGCGACGAGCACACCGGUAAGUUUUCCGAGGAGAAGGUGAGGAACGCGUGCGAGCGCGGGGGUAUUCAGAAUGGGGACAUGUUUAUGACGUACCAGCACAUCAAGAAGCACUACGACGACUUCUACAACUCGGGCGCCGAGCUGUACGUGGGCGGGCUGAGCGGGACGCUGAUGCAGUUUCGGCAGGUGAUCGUGGACGUGUGCCCCUUGAUCGCGUUGCAGACCCUCGUGCUGGAGCUGGAAAACACCAUGGCGGUCACGUACACCGACGCGUACAGCGAGAUCGCAGUGCAGCAGAAACGGCUGAAGAAGUCGGCGGAGAUCGUCGCGGAGUUCACCGCGCUGUACCACGAGCUGUCUAGCGACGUCACGUACGACGGGUUACUCCGGCUCGUCGAGGGCUGGAACAUCGUGUCCGGGUGGGAGCGGGCGGACAAGUACCGGCAGUGGUUCGCAGAGGACAUACAGGCGGGGAAGGACGCGUACGCGGACCAUCUGGGAACGGACGUGGACAAGCAAAAGGGGCUGAGCGAUGAGGAUUUCACGGCCUACUAUCACAGCAGUUUCAAGGAGAUCGCGGACAUUUUCACGAACGAAAUGAAGCUCGAUUGGUUUCCCAUCCGCGGCACGCUCAUCGCGUUGAUGCGGUACGGCGCCGCGGGCGCGCGGGAACUGAGAAAUCACCCAGAUUUCCUGGAAAACGACAUUGAUUUAUCGACAGAAAAAAAUGAUUCGCGAUAUUAUGCUGUGCGGCUCGCAGUAGAUGUGGGGCCGGCGUGAUCGUCUGUUGCAUGUGAUGUUGAACUGGACUAGCUCUAGUAGUCGUCCAGAAAGAAUCAGAUUGUGGCCGUCCUCACAGCAUGAUUUUUCCAAGCAAUGUGGAAUUGUGAUCGGCGUGAAAGACGAACAGGAGUGGAGCUACUUGCAAAAAACACUGACUCUCGUUUUGGAGAAGUGGUCCCCGGAUGUCAAGUGCUUCGUGAAAACAACGGUGCAGCCUCAUGAGGGUGUCCAGGCCGCGCAGGAGGUACACGACUUUUACCACAAAGGGAAGACCAACGCGGAGAUCGAGGCGGCUGGCGGUCACCGGGAAAUGACAGAGGAUGAUAGAAUUAAGCCACUCCCCGUGGAGUACUUUCGAAAGGAUCUGCUGUACUGCAUCCGAAAGCAACCCGCGACGCUGCUGAUAGACAUCAACAGCUACAUUCGAGACACGGAUCGCAACAUCGCGUACGGACACCGUACCUUCCGAAGUCGCGCCGCCCAGGUGGGCGACUGGAGCGACAUUCAGGUCGACGUGAAGACCAUGAUCUUCGGGGACGAGAACCGGCAGGCGCUGGACUUGGGCGAGGGGCAGAAGGGCGGGAUGAUGCCGCUGGGGAACGUGCACGACUUUUCGAAGAUCACCGACCGCGAGGAUUUCGUGAUCCACCCUUGGAUGGGCGCGUUUCGCAACACCGGCACGGACUAUUUGGAGUUGCAGGAGUUGCAAACAGGCAACGAACAGCCCUGCCGCGUGCACGAUUUCGCGGUACCUUGCCCGCGGAACCCGGGUCGCACACUGGCGGCCAUGCUCAUUGAGGACGGCGCGGAACGGUCCUGCUUCGCGCUUCCCGGCCCGGAACGGCUAGCGAACUGGACGGCGGCAGACUGGGGCCGCUUCGUCGAUUAUCAGGACGAGCUGCGGGAACAAAAUUUUCAGCAUAUGGGGCCCUAUUUGUGGACUUUGGAGGCCUGUCGGGGCCAGAUAGAACACUUCCUGCUUGUUGAAAAAGAGGAGGACAAAGUGGCCGUCCUUGAGAGAAUACGAACGAACCACGAACGCUUUUACCGCGGGUUUCGCGAAGUAAAAAGAUAGAAACCUAUAUAGGUCGAUCUACUUACGUAGACGGCUUCGAUUGAUUCCC